AUGAAUACAGGGAUCGCUGACGCGGCUUCUAUCUCGAUUACCAUCGGAGAGACGGUUCCACGUGGCGAUGGCUCAUAUUUGAGUUCCGGUCGAAAAUUUGAAAGGGACUCCGGUCAAAUUAGGAACGGCGUCGAGUACUGUUUGUAUGAGGAGUCCUCUGUUGGUGGAGAGGGUAACCGUUACGGCGAUGGUGACGGUUGCCGCGAUGGUGACGGUUGCCGCAAUGGUGACGGAUACGGCGAUGGUGACGCCUGCCGCAGUGGUGACGGCUACUUCCAUGGUGACAGCAGUGACGACAGCGAGGGCGAUCUUUCAAAUGACAGAGACAGUGACUGGUUUGGUAGCGAGUCCAGCUUUGCGAUAGAUGGAGAGGGAAUCCCAAAGCGGAGGAGAGAGGGCCCGUGGCGAGCUGAGAAGGACCACGGGGAAGAAGCAGAAGAAGGAGAAGAAGCAGAAGGAGGAGAAGAAGCAGAAGAAGAAGCAGAAGCAGAAGACGCAGAAGAAGCCGCGUCGAUGAAGAGCCAAACCAGAUUGAACAACAAACGAAGGGAGGGUCAAAAAAACGCAAAUGAUGAUUCACAAGAAGAAGGAGAAAACUACGCAGAGUCAUAUCGGAGCAGUAAUUCUAGAAAUAUAAAGCAACACAAGUGGGAGGAUUAUUACCAAAGAAAGGGUUCUUUCAAAUUCAUCGGAAAUAGAAAUAACUCAAACACGUCUGAUACGAAAAGUGGAAGCGAAUUGAAGAGCUUAGUUAGCUCCUCUCGAAAUGAUGACACGAGUGUGCUCAAUGAGGAAGAAGGCAUCAUCACCAUCGAUCCAAGUUGUAGUAAAAGACGCGGAAGUAUUGUGCAAUCCGAUUGGGUGAAAACUCCCCAGGGAGGAGUCACGCAGGAAAAUAAAAACCAUCAGCUAGUAAACCAAAUGGAUGAUGAGCAUACCAAAAGGAGAAGAAGCAAGAAAAAAAAAACAUCCUGUGAUGCAAUCGAAGGUAUAAUAAAUGAACAGAAGGAAAUUUUAAAAAAAAUUAAAAGAAGGAAAAAAAUGAAGAGAAGAGGUAGUAUAAACGAAAUAGUGAGAGAUGUACGGGAGGAAGACGCAGGGGUGAGUGUACCAACGAGGGUGGAUUUCCCAUUGGAGGAGAAAAGGCAGUUCCUUUGGGAUGCCUAUGGCUGGAAGAUGGAGGAUCAUCAGGAUGAAGAUUUCCGAGGGGGUGGUCAUAAAAUAAUGUUGAAAAUAGGAAAUCCAAAUAGGGAGGAAAAGGAGCACAUAGAGAAAGGGACAGAAAUAGAGGAGGGUUCACUUGAUCACAGUUGUUACAACAAAGGGGAAGGACCAAACAGGGGAGAGACAUCUCAGGGGGGGCGGCGCAUUCGUGAGGAUACCUCGUAUAGUGGCCUCCACGAAGAUCGAGCAAGUGUCAUCAGUGGGAGGAGCGUAGAAAGGCGCCCAAACGGAAGCGCACAACGAAGCAUAGAUGGCUGCGAUCCGAAGAGAGGUGGAUCGCCGAUAUGGCCAAGCCAUCUAGGAUGGAAAGAAAUCUCAGAAGAAAUUAAGAGCAAGCUAUGUGUUGUCAUUAAAAACAAACCAGCCGAGUGGAGCGAUUACGAUUUGAGGAAAUUCAUAGAGUCCCAAUUUUCAGGAAAUAAUCACUUCCCCGUUUUUGAAGAUAUUUUUUUAACAAAGAGUUGCCCGACCAUGGCUACCGUUGCUUUUAAAAAUGAACGAUUAAAAAAAUAUUUUUUGAAUUGCCAAAAAUUUAAGUUACCUUCUUCGACCAGGAGAUAUGCAAACGGUGGCAACCGUGGAGGUGGUAGCACGACGGCUAGCUACCACUACAAUAGUAGGUACUCCAGUUUUUUAAUUCUACAGGAAUAUAUAGCGUCUCAUAAUGGAAUCCAUUUUAAUAAUGCAAAGAAACAGCCAUGUCAGAGGAAGGAAGGGGGCGGUUAUAGUGCCCAAGCAAAAUAUAAGGCGAACCGUUCAGAGUUUGUCCCUACCCGAGUGAGAGAAUCUACAAAGGAUGACUUUUCCAGGAGUGGUAGGUACCAAAGUCGUAACUACAAAUAUGUAUCAGACAUGCGAUCAGAUAGCAGACACGCCAGCAUGAACCCCCAGUAUGAUAGAAGUGAGAUGAACAAGAGGAUGAAUCAGUCCGGAAAGAAUGUGUAUCAUACGAGGAGUUAA